CACCUUGACGCCUCCCUCACGGUCAGUCGGCAUGACAACGCGCUCGUGAGGGCAACGGCUGACGGGUGCGAGGAUGGAAGCUAAAGAUGCCUAGUAACGGAACCAGCGGACAGAACCGAGCGACAACCGGGACUGGCUCCGGGACCGGCUGCGGGACUGCCCAUGUCCCGGCUAUGGAAAGAGCCCGACCGGUGACGGUGUCCGCGGUGAGCCUCGCGCUCAGCGCGCUGUCCCUGCUGCUGCUCGUGACCGCGAUCUCCACCGACCACUGGUACGAGACGGACACGCGCACUCACAAGCGCAACUGCGACCGCAACGGGUCCGAGUCUAACGACCAGAAGAACCGGGAGAUGCCCAUCUACCAUCUUCCGCUGGUGGACACCGUCCGUCAGCGGGAUGUGUCCAUGAUGAAGCCCGUGCAUGUGGGAAGCAGAGAGGAAGAGCUGCUGGAGAACUGGAGGGCCAUCCUGGGGAUGGGCAUCCUGGAGACGGAGUGCGGCAGGCCGCUGUUCUCUGCCCACUCCGGCCUGUGGAGGAAGUGCUACUUCCAGGGCCUGGACCGGGACAUCGACAAGCUGAUCGAGCGGGGCAUUGCAGAUCGCUGCACAGCUGUGAAGUAUCACUUCUCUCAGCCAAUCAGACUGAGGAACAUCCCUCUGAACCUCACCAGAACCAUCCAGCAGGACGAGUGGCACCUUCUGCACCUGCGUCGGAUCACAGCUGGGUUUCUGGGCAUGGCCGCAGCCGUCCUGCUGUGUGGAACCAUCGUGGUCUUAGUCGGGUUCUUCUGGGAGGAAAGUCUGACACAACAUGUCUCGGGACUGUUGUUCCUCAUGGCAGGGAUCUUUUGCACCAUCUCUCUGUGUACGUACGCAGCCAGUGUGACCUACGACCUCUCCAGAAACCCCCCCUUUAUCUACGGCCUGCCGGCUGAUGUGGACCACGGGUACGGCUGGUCCCUCUGCUGUGCCUGGGCAAGUCUGGGCCUCACGGUGGCCUCCGGCUGCCUCGGCACAACCUUUCCCUUCCUUAGCCGGGCCGGAGCGCUGCGCUCGAAGACCGCCCGCGAGUCCUCCGUCUGAGCCGCAGGCUGUCAAUCAAACGGGGGGAGGGGCUUAAUGACAGGGCUGCACCUGGUGGAUGUGAGCCGGGUUCUGCUCAGCCUGGUGGCGGAGCGUUGGCCUCAAGGUGGAGGACGUCUACAACGGUUUAUGAAUCGUGUUGAAUUACACUUCUGUCAUUAA